CGCCGUACAAGGAUGGGGGACGCACAGGACCCUUCGACUGAUCGUCUUUGGGUGAAACUCAGUGCUCUCGGCGAGGGUAACGUGUUCGAUCUCCUACCGGAGCUUUUUCGGAAAAUGAUAACGCAGGACGCGCUCAGGGCCGCCAACGAGCCAUUCGACAUGAUUUUUCCCAGUGACGAGCAGUGGAAGGAAAAAAUCUACUACAGGCUGGUGGAGCAACAGAGGAGAGCGGACGCCGCUGGAGAAGUUGAGAUGUUGGAUCCCUUACAUCAACAAAAUCCGAACGAGAACAAACUUCACGAUUGGAACAUCAUACCUAAGAACGAGAGGACCGAAUGUGAUGAGGCAAAACCGAACAAUAUUGGCAGGAAAAGGCUGAAACAUGGACCGGACCCAAUCACGUGGACAGUAAGCGACCUUGCUAAAGCAGGGUGCCUGUUGCAUUCACCCCCCAUUGGUACGGCUUUCGAAGAUGAACAGGAGAUGAGGAGGGUGUACACCCUCAUUUACGACGUGUUCAGAUAUAAGAACGUACUGAUGCAGGCCCUGAACGACAUAAAUUUCUUCCAGAUCUUCGAACAGCUCCAGGCUUCCGUACCUAUCGUGUGGCUCCUUUUCUACGAUCUCUACCACAGGAGUUUCAAGAAAAGGGAGACGUCCGUUAGGGAGCUUGCUGCGAGGCUGUUUCACCAUGCGAAACUUUCCUUGGCAGAGAACGCACUUUGGUGUCAGAGGGUGAAGUUAGCCGCAGCCGUGGCGAGAUUGCGAAUAAAAUACAACGCCCUCAGCCUCAUGGACCUGCUUCCUUCCCAUCUUCGAGGAGACAGGACGAAUAAAGAAAGUCGAAAUAUACCGGUUACGGUGUGGGUAAACAACAGAAAAUUCAAAAAUGUCAACGAUAUCAAAAAACAAAUAGAACAUGCCCUGAAGGUUAAACUGGUGGAUGAUCUGAAGGAUCUAGGACCUAACACCUUCAAAUGGGAUCGCCAUUGUCCUUUGACUGUCGCGUUUCAUUAUUCCAUGAGGACUGAACUGGCGAAAAGUAACCUGGUUCGAAGCCAUAAGCUCAUAGUCCAGGAUAGAUCAUUUUGCGUUGGAGCAGCAACAUUCUGGAAGGUGGUGGAAGACUUGCAACUUUCUGGCAGUGUCAUACAAACCCACGUCAAUUCGCCAAGGUCUACGGCUUACCUGGCUAACCUCUUGUCGCAGAAUGAAAAAAUCAAGAAACUGAUGGCUUUCAGUGCAGGUAGAAGAAAGAUAGAAUACGAGAACUACCUCCACGAACUGGGAAUGACGAACGUCAUCGUAUACUCCGAUAAACUGGUGGAUUUCGGGUUCGAAUCCCCCUGCAUGGAAGAGGUAGUAGCAGUUUACGCCACUCCGCCAAACAGUUACUCGGCAGUGGCGGAUCCCAUAGAUUUGGUCUGCAGCAGAGGCGGGGACCUAUCGAUGCUCGAAAUUCUGACCGAAUCUGAAGAUACCCUAGAGGGGAGAAACAGGGUGACGAAAAUUCUGGAAGAACAACGGAAAACGUUGAAGGUCGCGAUGUCAAGGCCACAGAUCCAGGUUGUCCUUUACGAGACUCAUUCCGAACUCGAUGUGGAAAACUGCGAGAUGGUGAAGACAACUCUUAACGAGAUCAACAGGAUAGCCAAGCUACACCACGCCUCCCUUAAGGGUUUGAUAAGCCCGGAUUAUUUGACGACCAUGCAAAUGCCCUCGGAACUACUGAAGGAGAUAAAUAACAACGAAGAAGAGAAGGGUCAAGAAAUGGAGGAAAACAAGGGAGAUCAGUUCGACGCUGGUGACAAUAAUUCCAGGAUUAACAUCCCAGAUCCUGUCCACUGUGAGGAUCCUUGUGACUUCAAGGAUGUUCAUGUGCCGGAAACUGACCUAUUCGAUACCCCAGAUCUGCCUUGUCUGUGUCCGGAAGAGACAAACUGCAAAAUGGAGAACGGCUGUUACUUGGCGCUCAUACAAAGAAAGAAAGUACUGAAACUCGACAAUAAAUACAUGAUCCAGAUGGCGGAGCAGAGAGGUUUGUUCGGGAGCAACACCAGCAACUCUUCGAAACAGAAAGGGUCCAAGCAGAGCAGGAAGAAACAGCAGAACGCGAAACAAGAACCGAAACAGAAGAGGACUAGGAGAAGAUUGAAGGAUUUCGAGGAACUCUCCGAAGCUGAGCUUUCUCCAGAGUCACCGCAGAGUAUUUGGCGAACGGAUGGAGCUGAGGUAGAGCUGCAAAUAUCGCAUACAGAGAACAAAGAGAAUGAGCCCACAGUGACGGUGACUUCGAGAAGCGUAGACGAUGAUGACGCAAGUAAAGCUGGAGGUAUAUUGGGGGAGUUGACGACAAAUCAACUCGAAACUUUGAUAUCGGCAUCUUACAAAGUAAGCUGCGAACCAUGCUACGCAAUACCGAAAGAACCUCCCAAUGAUGAGAAGAAGAUGCUGUCAGAAUGGGACGAAAAUAUUUCGAAACGAAAUGCUGCAAAUGCUGAAUUGCGCGCAACCGAUGAAGAAUCCGAGAAAAAGUCUGUGAAAUCUGGUAUAAAGAACGAUAAAGCCAAUACAACAAAAGAAAAUAUCUUCGAAGAUCUGUCGAAGGAUGCAUUCGGGAGAAAUAAGGGAGAUUCAUUGUUAAAACUUAAGAGGGCAGAACCAUCAUCGUCGAGGCCUAAAAGUAGAUGCCCUAGCGUACCAGAAGAACCUGAGGAGGAAAAAAUUGCAGAGAUAAAGACAGAUAUCCCGUUCAGAGCAAAGAAUAAAUGCGAAAAACAGAGUACGACCGUAAAUACAGAGACGAGCAGCUAUAAGAACAUCCACAAACAGGUUGCACUGAGGAGGAGGGAGUCUGUCUCAAGUUCAUAUCGACUUUUCAAAUAUGGCAUGGUUCAAAUAGGGGAUGACAGUUCCAGUAGGAGUAUCGACCGAUCCUCCACUACUUCUACUGGCUACGAGAUAAUAGUUAGGCCCAGUGGAACCUUCAAUAUAAAUGCGGGACCUGUGAAAAUUUUCAAAUACGGAUUAGACCUCAGAAGAAUUAGAGGCAAGCUGACUGAAGAAAUCAUCAAUAGAAUAUCAAUGCCUACGGAAGCUUCGAAAAUCAGGUCUUUAAGAGAAGAAUGUUUGCCGGCAUGUAGGAGAACUUUAGGUGGUACUGUAACGAGGGAUUUUGUUUGUGAGUGUUGUAAGAGGCGACAUUUCAAUUAAUUCAUCAAGUAAUUGUCGAUCAUCCAAUUGUGACUGUAACAAACUGUUAAUAAAAUGUGUUGAAGUUGUA